AUGGCGAAAUGUAUCAUUAUUGCCUUUGAGCUGAACCUAAGUACCUGCUCAUUUAGUUUGUCUAUAGUGCACUUCUACGCUUCAUGGGCGGCUUCUUGUGAACAAGUGAAUAAAGUCUUGAAGGAUUUGGAGGAAGACACUAAGUCGAUUCCUUCAGUGGGUUUUUCCUUUAUCGAUGCAGAGGGUGUAGCAGAAGUUUCCGCAAUGUACUCAAUUGCUGCCGCUCCAACAGUGGUGUAUUUCAAAGAUGGAAAAGAAGUUGAUCGCGUAAAUGGUUAUAAGCCUAGUGAAUUCGAGAUGAAGCUCACAAAACAUUCUUUCGAUAUUGCUGCAGCUCCCCUUGAUUCGCAGCCGAAACCCAAGGAGGGUUUGAAUACUCGCUUGAAAAGGCUCAUUGAAUCCCAUCGUUUGAUGCUUUUCAUGAAGGGUUCACCCGAUAAUCCGAAAUGCGGUGAGAUUUUUAAUGUUACGGAUAUUUCAGUAGGUUCUGGAUUUUACAUGUUUCCGUUUCUUUGA